AUGGUUAGUGAUUAUACUGUUAAUAAUUUCUCAUAUUACCUUGUUUUAAGAUCAGCUAUUCAGUUCGCACGUAUGACUCUCCCUCUCCAGAUUAAAGUGCGCCUUCCCGAUGAUCAGAUUGUCACUGGGUGGAUAGAGAAUCCUGAGUUAUAUGUUCAUUUUUUCAUCAUCAAAAUCAAGAACGUUGAUGUUAUUGAUCCCACCCAUCUAUAUCAUCUAAGUCUUGAUCGUGCCACGCAGUUUGAGCCUUAUAGGAAGGUAGCAGCUGUAUGGCGCUAUUAUGAUUCAGGAGAAUUGAAGACCAGAAGCGGAGUAGAUCUUGCCUCUGUAUUUGCUCGUACCGAUGAGAGGAUGUUAAGCACAUGCCGAAUCCACGAGGUGGGGAUUGGAGGUCCCCUUGUUGAUUUUGAUGGCAACUUUGUUGGGAUGAACUACUCUGGUACCAAAGAACGAAAGACCCCCUACGUACGAAGGCCUUCAAUUCGUGAAUUCAUGUGGUUUCGCGGGAUGGUCAGUGUUAAGGAAGAGGUUGACGAAGCUGCAAGUGCAAGAAUUAAAAUUCGUUUUGGAGACCCAGGUCUCCUCAUGGCAGCAGGCGGGCAAUACAUAAAUCUUCUCGAUGAUAUGUUCAAGAAGGAUAUCUUGAGGAAACCAUUGGGAGGUUUUGGUUUAGAAAUGGAUCGAAGUGCCUACUCACUUGCUUCAGAAUCAAGCAAACGUCUUGCUUCAGAAAUGGAUCGUAGUGUUGUCUCACUUGCCUCAUUCAAUGGAUUUGCAAAGAAGUUUUCUUGCACAGGUGUAUUUAUAAAGGGCAAAAAAUGCUCUGCAACAAUUCUGACUUCAGCAAGUUUGAUUGAAGUUUGCCUAACAGGCGGAUUUCGAGUUGUAGGGAUACUGAACUGUUAUAAUUUACACUACAAUGUUGCUCUUGUUGACAUCAUGGGAUUCUGGCGUCCCCAUACAAUAAAAAUCCAUGGGCAUCCAGUUACCUCAUCUAUGGACGUAAUAGCUGUGGGUAGUCUUUUUGCGCGUCGCAAACUAAUGGCUGUUGAGGGGAAGGUGUUGAUUGGCAUACAAAGCAAACUUGAUUGCAAAGAACUUUGUGUCUCCACCUGUGUAAUCACCAAGGCUGGGAUUGGGGGGCCUCUUGUUGACAAUGAUGGGAAUUUUGUUGGAAUGAACUUCUAUGAUGAGGAAGAAACUCCGUUCCUGCCGAGGGAUGUUAUUCACCGCCUCUUAUUGAACUUGAAUAAAACACGGGCUAGUGCAGAUGAUAUUACUGCCGAGGGUGUUGAAAACAGCAACAGAUGGAUGUUUCCUGGUGGGACACACGGAAACACUGAAUCUAUUGCAGCAAUUGAUGGAAACAAAUGGCCGUUGCCUGAGCCACGCUACGUCGGUCGUGGAGACAUCCAUUUGCCACUUCAGAAAUGGCCUCUGGGUCGCCGAAGGCCUCUGCCUGUGUGA